AUGAUUAAGAACCUUAGAUUGCUACUUCUGGGUGCUCCUGGAUCAGGUAAGGGUACGCAAACCUCAAGAUUACUGGAAAAAAUUCAAAUUACUCCUGUCAGCAGUGGGGAUCUCCUGCGUACAGAAAUCUCCAAAAAGUCUUCUCUUGGUCUUUUGGCUUCUAAAAUCAUUCAAAAAGGAGGGUUAGUUCCCGAUCAUCUUAUGAUAGCUCUUAUCUAUAGGGAGUUUCAAGCCAGGAAUUGGCUGGGCCAGGAUUGCAGUUGGCUUCUUGACGGUUUUCCCAGAACUCAGAAUCAGGCAGUGGCCUUGGACGACAAGCUGACCGUUGCUCCGAUUAAUUGUGUCAUUGAACUUGACGUUCCAGAAAAGGUGAUCCUUGAGAGAAUUGAAAAUCGGUACAUUCAUAUUCCCUCUGGAAGAAUUUACAAUCAACAAUACAAUCCUCCAAAAGUUCCUGGAAAAGAUGAUAUUACCGGAGAGCCUUUAUCAAAAAGGCCUGAUGACAAUGCAGAGGUCUUCAAGAGACGUCUGGAUAACUACCACAAGGAAAUUGACCCUCUCAAGGAGUAUUUUAAAAAUAAAGGAAUUCUACACAGUAUUCGUGGGGAAACUUCAGAUAUAAUAUUCCCCCAGUUGUACGAGUAUAUAACCAGUGAGUUCACUUCCAAAUAG